AGGCUCGGCAGGGCUGUGAGCCCCUCUCUGGUCCUAGCAAGUCCCACUAUGAACCAAUGUAUUGGCUGAACCACUAUUCCCCAACCACGCUUGGACGACUGCGGGGACUGAGCCCGGGACCUUCUGCAGGCCAAGCAGGGGCUCUGCCCCUCUGAGCUAUGGGCUGGCAGACAGUGUCACUUCGUUCCCCCCCACGGCCGCCCCACCUACUUGUCUGCGCCAGCCAGGGCCCCCGAGGGACUCAACAGCCCGAGGGGCCAGAGGAUGGUGGUCUUCGUCAUUGGGAGGACAGCAGAUUUCCCUUGAGGGAUCCCCGGGGCACCAGAUCCUCCGCCUCCCCUUUUCCUCCCUCCGGUUCAGCUUCUGGACUGGAAUCAGCUCCGCACAUCAGCGACUCAGCAACUUCUCAGGAGGAAAAAAACACGCGGGUGGGUGUUCGGAGAUGCAGCAAAACACGCAGAGGUACCGCGCUCCAGUUUUCUUUUGCCUCCUCUGCAAAAGGGGCUUAUCGUCACAACAAUAACCCAUGAGGGUCCAUGGCGUCCGACAUGCCACCCAAUUUCUCCUGGGUAGCGCCAGGCCAGCUGGCGGGGCUGGCCAUGCCCCGCCUGCCCGCACACUACCGGUACAUGCACGAACAUGGCAUCCGACAUCUGGUGUCACUCACGGAGCGCAGCCCACCGUACCACGACACCUGCCCCGGCAUCCAGCUCCACCGACUGCGCAUCACCGACUUCUGCCCACCUUCACCUGAGCAAAUCCAGCACUUCCUGCAGAUUGUGAACGAUGCCAACGCCAAGGGGGAGGCUGUGGCAGUGCAUUGCAUGCUGGGAUUUGGCAGAACCGGAACCAUGUUGGCCUGUUACCUCGCCAAGACCCAGAAGAUCACUGGCGUUGAUGCCAUCCACGAGAUCCGCAAGCUGCGGCCAGGCUCCAUCGAGACCCACGACCAGGAGAAGGCCGUUGUCCAGUUCCACCACCGUAUCAAAUAGCUGGA